CGAUUUUGUCUCUUGACCACCAUGUCCGGUCGAGGUGCAUACUAUAAGCAGCUCUACGGCGGUGGUCGAGGGCGCGGUCGUGGUGGCGGAGGCGGAGGUGGCCCCAGCAGCCUUCCCGAUGAUUCCUCAGCCCACAAUUCUCGCGGAACGAAACGCCCUCAUCCAGGUGACAACCAGCAGGGUUCGCGCUCGUCCGAGGACCUCCUUCGCAUCGCGCGCUCGCUCGGCGGGAAGAACUACCCCGCGUACCGCGAUCUUCAAGGUGCAUGGGACUACCCCACGUUUCGCCUCUACGUCGAUCACGUCCAGAGCGACCCAUAUGCACCACCCAGCAAGCUCCGCGUGCGCAUCCCGCACUCCGUCGCGCGCAUUCCGCAGACCUUGUGGUCUAACAAAAUCCGGACUGUCGCGCUUCGCGAUUACCUCACGCGUCGAGUCGGACGCCGCGAGCAGCAGCAAGGCGGCUGGGCAAGCGAGAAGGGCGGCGAGGUCAAAGUCGACCGACCAGGCCAACAAGUCCUCGAGCGCACCUCUGUCGUGCUGACAUCAGAGGACAGCGAGCAUGGGGCAGGCGUAGAACUCCGGUGCUGCGUUGGUCUUCCUGCUCAAGGACGCACGAUUCUGGGCGACCAGGCUCUACGCGUAUUCUCUUCGGUCAUUCCGGCACUCGCUCAGAACCUGCUAUACGCCUCGCACGACGCUAAGCACAUCUCGGAUUUCAUCGACUGCAUAGAGGACCAGGAGGACCUCCGAGCACAAAUCACCGCAGCUGGGCUCGUCGCGUUCGUCCCCAAUGGUGCAAUCCUGCCCCGCACGAGCGGGGCCUCCGACAUGCCUAUGGCAUCCCCGAACGUCGUCGCGUUCCAGUCGCCUACCCACCUCGAAAGGACGUUCGUUCUACCCCAUCGCGGCCAGAUCACAGGGAUAGGCAUCCCUAAGGGCGUCACGAUGAUAGCGGGCGGUGGAUUCCACGGAAAGUCGACACUCCUCGACGCGCUCGCACGGGGCUGCUACAACCACGUCCCAGGCGACGGACGCGAAUUUCUCGUCACCUCAGCCCAUUGCGUCUCCAUUCAGGGCGAAGACGGCCGCGCAGUGACGAAUGUCAACAUCUCGCCCUUCAUCACCAACCUCCCCGGUGGAACGUCCACUACCUCGUUCUCGACGCAAGAUGCAAGCGGUAGCACGUCCAUGGCCGCAGGAGUCAUCGAAGCAAUCGAGCUCGGCGCGGACACUCUUCUGUUCGACGAAGAUAGCUGCGCGACGAACUUUCUCAUCCGCGACCGCCGGAUGCAGCACCUCAUCGCGGCAGACCCGAUCACACCGCUCGUGUACAAGGUCCGCGCGAUGCUCGCUGACCACAACUGCUCCUCCAUCCUCGUCAUCGGCGGAUGCGGCGACUAUUGCGACGUCGCGGACCUAGUUCUCGAGAUGCGCGAUUACCGGUGCUACGACAUCACAGCGGCAGCGAAGCAGAUCGCGCAGGAGAUUCCUUCAGCUGUACCGGAGCAUGAAGCAACCCACUUCGGGACCGUCCGCCCUCGAAAUCUACAGACGAAGUCGCUGCCCUCCAGAGACACAAAGACCACCGUCCGGAAACGCACCGCGAUAGAAGUCGGCGGAGAGACACUCGACCUCUCCGCCCUCGCCCAGCUCGUGCACGAUAGCCAGACCCGCGCCAUCGCAGCGGCGCUCAAGCACAUUCACCACACCCCGACACCCCGCGCCCACCUUCACGAAGUCCUGCAAGACCUCGACGCCUCACUCGACUCCGCGGGGCUCGACACACUAUCGCAAGAAGACCGCAUCGACGGCUUCCUCGCGCGCCCCCGCCCGCUGGAGCUCGGGAUGGCGAUCAACCGACUAGUACGUGGCGAUAUCCAAUAUACGCUCCGAUAA